AUGCCACUUAACCUGGAAGAAAAAAUUGGUAUCGAAGAAGAUGCAAAUCAUAACUUACCAAUAUUACAAAAUUCUCAAAAUUCUUCUCUUGAUAAUUCUGAUGAUGAUCAUCAUAAUCAUCAUUCUAUUUCUCAAAUUAAUGAAGAAAAAAAUGAAUCAGAAGAACAAAUUGAACAACAUGAUAUACCAGAAGAAUUUGUUAAGAAUAGUGAAAGUUUAAAAUGGUAUGCUUUGGUAGUAGAUGAAGAGGAUAAAAUAGAUGAUAGUGCAUCAGAUAUAAGAUUUUCGAUGUUAAAUAUUUCAUCACUUCGAAAACAACAAAAUGAAUUACAAGAUGUUAAUAUCGCAAAAAUUGUUGAUCCAAUUAUGAGAUGUAUUGCCGAUUUGAAAUCUGAUUUCCAAGCAAAAUUUAUCAAAUUUCAUUAUGAUCAUAAGGAUUCUACAAAUAAUUAUUCUACUACAAAUAUAUCAUUAACAAAUAAUUCAACCAAAAGAAUUAAAAGUAUUAAAAGUGUUUUUAAAGGUGAUGAUGAUGAUGAUUGGCAAUCUAUUGAAUUUGAAAAGGCUCAAGAUCAAAAACGGUAUGAUUCAGCAAUUACUGCAGGAAAGUUAUUAGAUUUUCUUUUAACAUUCCAACUUCCUGAUGAAGCUAAAGAACGAAUGAAUAACAAGUUGAAUUCAUCAAAUACUAAAUUGAAUUCUUUGAUUAAUCAAAAUCAAUCACAAACAAACGGGACAAGUGAAAUCAAUGAAAGAAAUUUUACAAAUGAUACAAAUGAAAGAAAUGUCAAAGAUCUUAACAAACAAGUUCCUGCGAAACCAAAUCGUCGUUCAUCCAAUCAAUAUUGUAAGAACAAACGUCGACACAAAGGCAAUACACGAAUUGGACAUUAUGCAAAUACUUGUCCUAAUAAAGGAUCACAUAUUACAAAUCAACAAUCAAAUCGUCAAAGACGUUCUACUCGAUUCAAACAACGUAAUAUUAAUAGUAAUAAAGAUAAAGUUAUUAUAGAAAGUGUAUAA